AAACAUUGCAGAAACUUCUCCAUUUGUUCUUAAUGUUCUUGUGAAAAUCCUCUUCGAAAACCGCAUUACUCAUUUACUUCAAUCCAUUUCGUUUCGGACCUGUGGGAUUCUCUCUGUUUCUCACAAACAAUCACCAUGAAUGCUCUCGCUGCAACGACUAGGAACUUCCGUCAUGCUUGUCGUCUUAUUAACGUAGAUCAAAAGCUCGAGAUGAGUCUCUUGAUACCUUUUAGAGAAAUCAAGGUGGAGUGCACAAUCCCGAUGGAUGAUGGAUCAUUGGUUUCUUAUGUUGGAUUUAGAGUUCAACAUGAUAAUUCUCGUGGUCCGAUGAAAGGAGGAAUCAGAUAUCAUCCUAAGGUUAACCUUGACGAGGUCAACGCCUUGGCUCAACUAAUGACCUGGAAAACUGCUGUGAUGGACCUUCCUUACGGUGGAGCAAAGGGUGGGAUCGGAUGCACACCUAAGACCUUAACCAAGUCUGAGCUUGAACGGAUGACACGUGUCUUCACACAAAAACUUCAAGAUCUCAUCGGAACAAACAUCGAUGUUCCCGCGCCAGAUAUGGGCACCAAUUCUCAGACUAUGGCUUGGAUUCUGGAUGAGUAUUCGAAAUUCCAUGGUUAUUCACCGGCUUGUGUCACCGGAAAGCCACUGGAACUUGGUGGGUCCCUUGGAAGAGAGUCUGCAACUGGGUAUGGUGUAGUUAUUUCCACGGAAGCGUUACUUAACGAACAUGGGAAGUCGAUCAAAGAUUCAACUUUUGUUAUUCAGGGUUUUGGGAAUGUGGGGUCUUGGGCUGCAAGGAUGAUUCAUGAAAAAGGUGGUAAGAUUGUUGCAUUGAGUGACAUCACUGGAGCUAUAAAGAACCCAAAUGGUAUCGAUAUAGUGGAAUUGUUCAAACAUAGAGAGACAGGGGGGGACUUAAGCGAUUUCAAUGGAGGAGAAACCAUGGAUCCUGAUGAAUUGCUAUUUCAGCAAUGUGAUGUUCUGAUUCCAUGUGCCUUAGGUGGUGUUAUCACCAGUGAAAAUGCUGACGAUGUUAAAGCCAAGUUCAUCAUAGAAGCUGCAAAUCAUCCUACUGAUCCUGAAGCAGACGAGGUUCUGUAUAAGAAAGGAGUUGUAAUACUUCCAGAUAUCUAUGCAAAUGCUGGAGGUGUGACUGUUAGCUACUUUGAGUGGGUUCAGAAUAUUCAGGGGUUUAUGUGGGAGGAAAAGGUGGUGAAUAAAUACUUGAUACAAUACAUGAGGCAAGCUUUCCGUGACAUCAAGGACAUGUGUCACACACACAAUUGCAGCCUUAGGAUGGGAGCAUUCGCAUUGGGAGUGGAGAGGGUUGCACGUGCUACUAUCUUAAGAGGAUGGGAGGCUUAG